AUGCAUAAAACAUGUUACCUUCACUCGAAAAUGGCAACAUCCUAUAUGAGAAAUAGUCUCAGCUUGAAUUCAAGUCGAAGUGAUUAUCGACAAGAUAAUGUUCGCAUGCGUGCACUCUAUCAAAGGGCAAAUACUCUGUAUGGGAAACUAUCGCGUUCAUCUUUUCUAUCCAAUGCAACAAUCCAAGAUAUUGAACAAACUUAUUUGGAACUUUGUCAUGAUUUUCACCAACAACGAGAUCAAUCGAAAAAACGUAAUCAGCUGGUCAAACAGAAUACUCAACAAUCAAUCAUUGGAAUCAAUGGAUUACGCAGAUAUAUGCAAUCAACACCGAAUUCAUUACAGCAAGGUAAUAGUUUGGACAUUCACGAAACAGAUUCGUUGAUUAAUGAUGUUGAAAACGUUCUCGGACGGAUCUCACAAAAAUUGAAACAGUCUCCAUUUAAAUCGUCACUUGAUCAAAUAACAAAUAAAACUUCGCAAAUGGGUAAACUUUCGAAAAAGCCAAGUGGUAGUUCGUUGAAGAUUCCAAAAAUUCCAUUGCCCAAUGUGAUCAUUCAAAAGCUCUAUGGAAUCGACUUAGAAAUAUGUCCAAGAUGGGUUGUUGCAUCGUUCGACGGUCGAAUAUAUCUUUGUAAUGUCGAUGGUGAUAUACGCAUUUUUUCAUACUCAAGUCGCUUUCAUCGACAACCAUUGCUAAGCGAACGAUUUUACCUUUCCAUAACUCGUUUAGUUUCGGCAUUUACUGUCACACAAGAUCAUCUGGUUACCUAUGAAAGUGACACGCAUACGAUUACACUACAUACAUAUCAUGGUGCACUAUUAAUCCGUUCGCGAUUCAUGUACGAACCAACAAUGAUCAGUCGUUGUGAUUAUUUAACAAAGAAUCAGUUUUGGAUCUGCAGUCAUUCACAACGCCAAUGUAUUCAAUUCCAAAUAGACCAGUCAACAAAAGACAUUCGUCCAAUACGACAAUUAGACUACAAACAACCAGUAGCAAAUGCUCUAAUCGAUCCGAUUGAUAUAUCUAUCGAUGAACAACAACGUUUUGCUAUCCAUGAUGGAAAUAUGGUGACUACAGAUCGUUUAUUAAUCUAUACAAAUAAUCAAUACAAAAUCACACCGUUAGAUGCACUGAAAUACACUGAUCGAGAAGGUGUAUCGCGUAUUGAACGAGUAUUGUUAGUACCGAAAUACGCGAAUUUAGUUGUUCUUAUCCGUACACCUCAGUCGACUUCGUUACAAGAAAUUUUAAUUGUUGAUAUUGCAACUGACCCACCAAAAAUACUCGCCUGUCUCACCGAAUUCAAUCCAAUACAAAAUAUUGACCUUACAAUGAAUGGCGAGUUAAUUUAUACAAUCAAACCACCGAUCAAUAAACGAAUCGCAUCGAAGAUGUUCAUUUUCAGUUUUAUUAACUAA